UCCUCCACAGUCUCCUCCAUCCAGAAUCUGAGCAGGACAAAAUGGCAUUAAGAGCUGCAUUAAGAAACAAGUGCGGCUUGUCAGGUCUUCUUUCCCAACGGUCUUCCUGCAGCAGUCAUGGCAGAGUUUGCAUGUCUCCCGUACUUGUCGCUCAGCAGAGGAACAACUCCACCUCCCCCAAGAUCGAUGUGGAAUUUGACCAAAGCACAGGUGUGGCUGUGAUGCGCAUGCAGAGUCCGCCGGUCAACAGCCUCAGUUUAGAUUUCCUCACCGAGUUCUGCAUCGGAGUGGAGAAGCUGGAGAUGGAUAAGGGCUGCAGAGGCCUCAUCAUCACCUCGAACCAGCCCAAGGUGUUCUCAGCCGGGCUGGACAUCAUGGAGAUGUACGGGAAGAGUCCGGAGCGCUGCGGAGAGUUCUGGAGAGCCGUUCAGGAGAUGUACCUGAAGCUCUAUAGCUCCAACAUGGUCACUAUAGCUGCAAUCAAUGGUUCCAGUCCUGCAGGGGGCUGUCUUAUGUCUAUGACGUGUGACUACAGGAUAAUGGCGGACAACCCUCGGUACAGCAUCGGCCUCAAUGAGACGCAGCUGGGCAUCGUAGCACCUUUUUGGUUCAAGGACACCAUGGUGAACACAGUUGGCCACCGAACCACAGAGUUGGCUCUGGAGCUGGGGCUGCUCUACAACCCGUCAGAAGCCCUGAAGAUAGGACUGGUGGACCAGCUGGUACCUGAAGACCAGGUCCUCACCACAGCUACUCAGGCCAUGACCAAAUGGUUGGCUAUUCCAGACCACGCCAGACAGAUCACCAAAUCCAUGAUGAGGAAGCCAACCGUCGACAAGCUAACGUCCAACAGAGAGGCCGACAUCCAAAACUUUGUCAGCUUCAUCACCAAAGACUCUAUUCAGAAGUCGCUCCGCAUGUAUUUGGAGAUGCUUAAAAAGAGAAGAGUAUAAUGGAGAGAGGGAAAACCUAUUACAGGGAGUUUGUGACAUUUGUUGAAAACAGUGUUGUGUGCAUUAGUGUUAAAACACCUUCCCAACAGUGUUCAACCAGCAGGCAAAGGGGAGACAUGCCCAGGAUUGACACUAAUGAUUCACUGACAAAUAAAUGUUUUAUUUGUCAUAUUUCACAGUACAUUAGUGACUGUGAAAAACCGUUUAGUUUAUUUUGAGGAAUAUUUCGUAACAUCAUAACAUUUGAACUCAAAGCACAUAAACACACUGUUUGGCAUAAUACACAGUGAGUAUCCCUAACAAGAGAGAGAGAGCGAGAGAGAGAGAGAGAGCGAGCAGCAGUAGUGGUUGAGUGAGCUGGAGAAGGAAUGUUGAUUACUGCCACAGACAGGCCUCCACCAAGUGCCUAGACAUACUGUACUUCUAAGAACCAUAACUAAUGAAAGUAAGCUUGAUGUAUUUGAACAGCCCACAGUGGGCCAAGCCUGUGUGAUCUUUAACAUAUUUAUCUACAACAUAUGACUCACUGCUUUUUAGCCUGAUAUUUCUCAAUAAAUCUUCAAUCAAUCUUA